GUUGCAAAAUAAAAGCGCUACGGGCCAAGACAAACACCUACAUUAAGACGCCUGUUCGCGGAGAAGAGCCCAUCUUUGUUGUCACUGGACGAAAAGAGGACGUAGCCAUGGCCAAAAGGGAAAUUCUCUCGGCUGCCGAGCACUUCUCCAUGAUCAGAGCGUCGCGCAACAAGAACGGCCCUGCCCUGGGAGGCUUGCCAUGUACGCCCAGCCUGCCGGGUCAGACGACAGUCCAAGUCAGGGUGCCUUACCGCGUCGUUGGGCUCGUGGUUGGACCCAAGGGAGCUACAAUCAAAAGGAUUCAGCAGCAGACCCACACCUACAUAGUCACUCCCAGCAGAGACAAGGAGCCUGUCUUCGAAGUGACGGGAAUGCCCGAGAACGUCGACCGCGCACGUGAGGAGAUCGAGAUGCACAUCGCCAUGCGGACCGGGAACUACAUCGAGCUGAACGAAGAGAACGAUUUCCACUACAACGGUACGGACGUGAGCUUUGAAGGAGGCCCUCUGGGCUCUGCGUGGCUGGCUUCUAAUCCUGUCCCUCCUAGCCGCACCAGGAUGAUUUCUAAUUAUAGAAACGACAGCUCCAGCUCCUUGGGAAGUGGCUCCACAGAUUCCUAUUUUGGAAGCAAUAGAUUGGCUGACUUCAGCCCAACGAGUCCAUUCAGCACAGGCAACUUCUGGUUUGGAGAAACGCUGCCUUCGGUGGGCACGGAAGACCUCGCCGUCGACUCUCCCGCGUACGACUCCUUACCAGCUCCUCCCCAAACCAUUUGGACCCCUUUUGAACCCGUCAACCCUCUUUCCGGCUUCGGUAGCGACCCUGCUAGUACUGCCAAGCCUCAGCGCCGAGGGAGCCAGCCGUCUCCUCCCCCCCCCUACAUCCCCGCCUUCCCCAAUGGUACCAACAGCUAUUCCUCUUCCAACGGCGGCUCCACGUCCAGCUCGCCCCCCGAGUCGAGACGGAAACACGACUGCGUCAUCUGCUUCGAGAGCGAAGUCAUUGCGGCCCUGGUCCCCUGCGGCCACAAUCUCUUCUGCAUGGAGUGUGCCAACAAAAUCUGCGAAAAGGAAGCGCCGUCGUGUCCCGUUUGCCAGACAGCUGUUACUCAGGCAAUCCAAAUUCACUCUUAA